GGGUGGGGCUUCGGUUGCCAGGACGCGGCUUGGGCAGAGGAGGCGUCUCGCGGAGUUUACGCUGCAGGCGGCUGCACCCGAGGUCGGGAGCGGAGGGGACGGUACCAUGAGUCAAGACGACAGAUUUGCUUUCAUUGCAGAAUGGUAUGAUCCAAACGCUUCACUCUUUCGACGUUACGAACUGUUGUAUUAUCCGAAAGAUGGGUCAAUUGAAAUGUAUGAUGUAAAGAACCAUCGCACCUUUCUGAAACGCACAAAAUACGAUGACUUACACCUAGAAGAUUUGUUUAUAGGCAACAAAGUUACUGUCUUUUCACGUCACCUUUCCCUAGUAGACUAUGGGGAUCAAUACACAGCCCGCAAGUUGGGUAGCCGCAAAGAAAGAACACUGGCUUUGGUUAAACCUGAUGCAGUUCCCAAGAUUGGAGACCUAAUUGAUAUCAUCAUUAAUGCUGGGUUAACAAUAACUAAAGCCAAAAUGAUGGUACUUUCACGGAAAGAAGCAAUGGAUCUCCAUGUAGACCAUCAAUCAAAGCCCUUUUACAAUGAGCUUCUCCUGUUUAUUACAAGUGGUCCUACUGUUGCCAUGGAGAUUUUAGGAGAUGAUGCUGUGUCUGAAUGGAAGAAGUUACUGGGACCUGCAAACUCUGGCGUGGCUCGUUCUGAUGCCCCGGGCAGCAUUAGAGCAAUGUUUGGAACAGAUGGCAUAAGAAAUGCAGCUCAUGGCCCUGACUCUUUUGCUUCUGCUGCUCAAGAACUGGAGUUGUUCUUUCCCUCAAGUGGAGGCCAUGGUCCAGCUAAUAGUGCAAAAUUUACAAACUGUACUUGUUGCAUUAUUAAGCCUCAUGCUGUUAAUGAAGGGAUAACUGGAAAGAUCAUAAAUGCCAUCCUUGAUGGAGGAUUUGAAAUCUCAGCUUUGCAAUUGUUCAACAUGGAACGUGCGAAUGUGGAAGAGUUCUAUGAGAUUUACAAAGGUGUCGUUGCUGAAUACGCUGAGAUGGUUACAGAACUGUGCUCAGGGCCUUGCAUAGCACUAGAGAUCAGGCAGCUUGAUCCUCAAAAAGUAUUCAGAGACUUCUGUGGGCCUUCUGAUCCUGCCAGAGUAAAUCAGUGUUACUCCACUGAAGUCUGUGGCAUUCCCCUGGUGUCUAACUGGUGGGAGGAAACUCUCAGGGAAAUAGCCCGUCACCUCCGACCUGGAACCCUGCGUGCCAUCUUUGGUAAAAACAAGAUUCAGAAUGCUGUCCACUGUACAGAUCUACCAGAGGAUGGACUUUUGGAGGUCCAGUACUUUUUCAAGAUUCUGGACAACUGACAGCAGAACAUGGAACUAUCUUGGGUUUCUAAACGAAAGACUGACACAAGGAGAGAUGUGUUCAUUCAUUUAUUGUCCAAUGUUUUAACCUGACUGAAAUACAAGAGCAAGAGCACUGUGCUCCUGGCUAUUUAUUACAUAUGUUAGAACAUAGAGUUUUGCACUUUAGACAACAUUUAACACCAUUCUAUGGGGUACGGCAUUGCUUUUUAUAAAGUUCAAAAUAAAGAUUUAUUUUCAAACAAGUGACUUUGGUUUUUCAUACAUUACACUUCCUUGCAGAAAAAAUAAAAUUGUACAACUGCAUAAAUAUAAAAUCUUCCACCAUGAAAAUGGUUAAAACAUUCAAUAAAGACAUUAGCACCACAUGGUGUGAUGCUGCCAGCAGGAGGGGG